AUGCAAAUUCGUGAUUCUGGACAGAUUUUUAACGAUUCUUAUGAAUUAAUUCAAAAAAUAUUUGUUAUUCUUUCUUCAGAGGUUCAGGAGAGCAUGAGUGGCUCUUUCAUUCAUGUCAAUCCUUUGACGACGUCUUCACAGCAAGCUAAUUACAAUGAGAUUUCGAGCGACUUAGCUGAUUAUAUUAGUAAUUUGUAUCGAUUGUUGGACUUACGUAAUGAUGAAGGUUCAAACGGCAUUGUGGAUAAGAUAAUUAUUUCCAAGGAAUAUUUAAGGAAGCUAUGCAAUGAUAUGGUCCCAUCAAGUUUCGAGUCUAUUUCUGAAAUUGAUUAUACAGAAUUGAAUUCAAUCUCAUUUCGUCUUAUUGGAUGUUAUGGAAAUCGCAAUUUAAUCGCAAAAUUCUUGUUGAGUAGAAACAUAAUUGAUCAAAAAUUGUAUGAUUCACUUACAGCUUCGGUAUCAAUUGGUGAUACAAACCAACCUUCGUUACGUCCAGGAAUUUACUUAUCAAUAGUGAAUUCUAAUUUGGGUUUAAUUAUUCAUUGGCCCGAAAUUGGAUGCUAUGAAAAUGCUUCAAAUGAUUCUUCCCCGAUUAAGAGGAAUAUGGUUAAUUUACAUAGAUACCUAACAAAACUUACCGAUCAUCAGAUGUGUUUUAUGAGCGAUAAAGAUUUAGAAAAUUUUGAUCUAAAUUUAGAAAAUUCUUGUAAUAACUCAGAUGAUGAUGAUGAUAUACAUUAUAGAUUUGAAGUAAAGAAAAGCCAAGAAGAAAAAGAUGAUUUCAAAAUUGAUAAUGGAUUUAAGGUGAAUCUGUCUAACGAAAUCAAGAUCGAAAUUAAUAAUCAAAUGGAAGAUGAUGUCCCAUUAAAUCCAAUAGUUGUUGAAUCUACUACGAAUCAAUCAUUCGUCACUCGGCAACUGAUAAAGAAAACUUGGAAUUUAAAAAGGAAAACUUCAUAUAUUUCUGCAAAACAGUUUCCAGAUGAUCUUGAAACUAAAUUGCAAGAUCGUUAUUUACUUAUUGAUCGUAAUAGGAUGGAUAUGAAAGCAUUGGAAUUAUUUGUUAAACAUGGAUUAAAAAUGGAAGAACUUUUAAUUCCAUUGCACGAAAAAAUAUCUGCUGCUAAAAUGCGAAAUAAAUUGAAGAUGAUUCAAGAAAAAAGUGCUAUCGAUGAGGACUUCAAAAUCAUUCAACAAAUGGCAUCAAUAAAACUAUGUGUCUUUGAGAGUAAUUUUGACAAAUGUAUUAUACAGGAUAGUUCAUUAUCACAAACAAAUAUGAGCGAUACGGUUUUCGAAAGAAUUCGAACAAAAUAUCCCGAAAUAGAAAAUCAAAUUAAAAAAGAGAUUAAAAUUAACUCAAAAAAUUGGAAUAUAAUGAAAAAAAGGUAUAAUUUAACAUAUACCUUCAUUGAGGAUAUACUGGAAAAAGUCAACGAAGCAGGAGAAAAUGAUUAUGGAAUAACAGAAUCAUAUGUAGUAAAAACUUUUCGUAAUAUGUUCACAGAUGACGAAACUGACUUAAAAAAAUUGCUUGAAAAAUAUACACAACAAAUACAAUCAAAAUUCAAUUGGACACCUAGUGAUUCUAAAUUCGAUAAGGCAAUGCGAUGGGUACUUGGCGAUCCAAAUAUCAAUAAAGCAAAACAGAAGACCAAAGACAAAUCAGAUGAAGAAUUUAUUCAAGAACUCGUAAAAUUUGAAUUAUUUAAAGGAAAUGAUGAUAUUAAAGAAUUAAUUAUAAAUACUUUCUUUGAAGAAUAUAAUAAAUGGAAAAAAAAUGAUUUUCCCGAAAAUCUUCAAAAAAUUUUGAAUAAUACUCGAAAUAACAAACUAAUAGAAGAUAAAUUAAAGCGAGAAUACGAAGAAGAAGAAAAAAUAAUUGAGAAAAAUAUGUUUGAAAAAAUAUGUAAUGAAAUAGAAAUUAAAUAUAAAGAUGGCUCUAUGCGAUUAAUUGUAUUAAAUGUAAAAAAAUCAUUUGCAUACUUUGUGGUUGAAUAUGAUAUUGAAGAGCUUCAACCAAACCAACUGCAGAUAACUAUUUAUGAAACAUCAUUAAAAGAAGAAGAUAAGCUUCAGAUUCAAGAAAAUGAGUCUCAUAUUCCAUGUCCAAUUUUACUUUCUAACAUGAAUCAAUAUGGUAUAUCAUUUCGCAUUGAUCCUCAGUACUAUGAUUUUAAAAAAAUAUCUCAAUUCGAUAAGCGUAAAUUUCUUCUUGUGCUUUACAAUAAAAAAAUGCAAAGAAUCGAAAUAUUCUUUGAUACUGCACAACCAUUGGCACAAAAUUUUAAAUCACAUUCGACUAUUAAACCAUUUAAAAUAUUGAAUACAGAUGAAAAUUUUAUUACUGCAAUUAAUGAGCCAAAAGGGUUCCUCGCAAUAUAUAAUACGAAAGAAGUUAAGUUUGAUGUAUUUUCUUUUGAUGAUAAUCGAUCAAUAUUAUAUGGACGCAAUGCAAAUAUUCAAUUAUUGCAAUGGUAUAAUAAUAGUAUACCGAACAUUAAAUAUUUUCUAUUCAUCAAAGAUACUGAGGAACUAUGCUUUGUUGAGAAUAAUGGACGAGCACGUAUUUUUAAUGUCAUAACUCGACAAUUCCGACCAGCAGUUUGUAAUUUUCCAUUUAAUUUGGUUAAUGUUUUAAGUUCUCCAGACGGUUCUUGUAUCAUGGCAUUUGUGGAAGUUAGACCUGAAGAAGCUGAUUCAAUUAUUUUUACUGGUAAUAAAGAACACCAAGAUUAUAAUGAAAUUAAGAAAAUUAAUCGUGUUUACGUUUAUUUUUCCGAAAAUUUUGGAGGUUCUGUUAGUAAAGUUAUUGAUUUACCAUCAAAUUUUAAAUCCUUGGAGUCUCUUCAAAUUUCCUGUAUUAAUGACCGACAGACUCAUUUGAUCUCACUCGAUUUACAGAAUGGGUGUUUGAAUUCUUUAUUAGUCAAACUUACUCUUGAAAAAGCUCAAUUUCGUUUCCAAAAAUGCAUGCAAAAAAAGUCACCUACGCUUCAGAGAACAAACCUAAAUGAUCUUAUUAAUGCCUAUAAAUUAAUGUUUGAAAAAUAUCCAAUUGAUAACUGUAUCGAUCCUAAAAAAAGUCGCCCUCUUAGUUUGAAAAUAGUUCUCGAUAUUGAUGAUGAUGUUGAAGAUUACGACGAAAAAUUUGAAGAAUAUAUCACUAAAAUGUUUGAAAAUUUGAAGGAUUCUACAAAAAAACCCGCAUCAAUCCUAAAAAAGUUUUCUACAUCAGUGAUUACAUUUCAGGAACUUGAUGUUGAAGAUGCGAAUUUUCAGAAGAAAUUUUCAUCAGAAUAUCAAUUAGGAGAGUGGAUUAUUCAACUUUGUUGUCUAAUUCCCAUACAAAUAGCUGUAACAAGAAACAAUUUAUUUCAACCACUUAAAGAUGGAUUAUCUUCGAAUGAAAAUUAUCUAAUUGAACUUGAAGAUGGUCGUCAUGUAAACAUUAUAUCAAAAAAUAUAUCUUUUGGAUGGUAUGAAGGAAUCUUCAAGCAUUUUGGUAAUAAAAAAGUAAAAGUUAUUUCAAGCAUGGGCGAACAAUCGUGUGGGAAAUCAUUUAUGCUAAACCAUAUUGUUGGAACUACAUUUGAUGGAUCAGCAAUGCGUUGUACUGAAGGCGUAUGGAUGUCAUUAGUAAAUACACAAGAAUGUAUCUAUGUUGCGCUCGACUUUGAAGGAUUAAAAUCUCUUGAAAGAACUCCACAAGAAGCACUCUUUAAUACAGUUGUUUCAAAUCUUAUUCUUUUUAAAAAUCAAUUUACCAUAAAUAGAGAUAUAUCAAUGUUUCAAAAAUUUCAAGAUGGUGCAAAAUUAUUUGAGUCCGAUCCAAAGAUAUUUCAGGCAAGACUUUGUGUUAUCAUUAAAGACGUGCCUAAAGUAGAUAGAAAUGGUAUUACUAGAGAGUUUCAAUCGAAAUUUGAUCAAUUAGUUUCAAAGGAAGGUGAAGAUAAUUUUAUUACAAGAAUGUAUGGAAAUGGAUUGGAUAUUAUACCUUGGCCUGUUUUUGGUGAUACCGCAUGGUUUAAAAAGUUAUCAAUAUUUAAAACAACUCUGGAUAAACUGGAAACGAAAUAUGAAAAUGCAAGAGCUUUCUUGCAAAAUACAAAAGUAAUCAUGGCUAAAUUGAAGAUAUGUGAUUGGGGUUCAUUGGACGAAAACCUCAUACAAAUUCGCGUUGCAACAUUAAAAAGAUUAUUUCCAAUCGCUGUUUCUUAUGGUAUAGAACAAAAAGAUUCUAUCAUUGAACACCUUGUGAAUCACGAUUCUGGAGAACCAAUUGAUGACCCAAUAAUUAACUUAUGUGACGUUUUGAAUAACUUGGAAAAAUCAACUAAAUUAUUACCAGACUCUAAUAUCUGGUUAUAUGAUAAUAAAUAUGAAACUUGUAUUCAACUUUCUAAUAAAUUAAGAAACUAUUUUGAAGAAAUUGUUCAACCACGAAGAGAAUCAUCUGAUGACAAUGAAUGGUUUUCUAACCUUGAUAGAUUCUUUAAGUAUAUUAUUGGUCGUCGAACUUCACGUGUUCAAAAUUGGUAUAUGCAAAAUACUGCUAAAUUUCCACAAGAUAACAGUGAUGUUGUUAAUGGAAAGUAUGAAAUGGAGCAAGAAAUAAGCAAACUCUCACUCCUAUGGACCUUGUGUGGAUUAACAUGCCAUCAAUGUGGUUUGAAAUGUGUCAAAAAUCGGGAUCACAAAGAAAAUCAUGACUGUUUAACCGAUCAUAAGUGUCAUUUUUUUUGUCACUUUACUGAAGCCCAUAACGACAAUUUAAUUCCGAAGUGUAGUCACAAAGCUGGACAUGAAGGAAAACAUGCUUGUGACAAAAUAAGCCAUUUAUGUGGUAAACCAUGUAGUCUUGAUGAUAAGCGCAAUUGUCAAAAAGUUUGUUCAAAGGAAAUUGAACAUGAUGACGAUGAACAUUUAUGUCAAUCAAAACGUCACUAUUGUGGAAAAGAUUGUUCAUUAUCAGCAUCUACCCCAAAAGGAGUUUAUCAAUGUCCAAAUAAAUGUAUUAUAUCAUAUGAAGAAGAACACGAUUCGCAUCGUUGUGAGAAUACAAUUUGUCCAAUUCAGUGUCCAAUUCCGAAUUGCAAAGAAAGAUGUCAAAGUGAUGAUCAUUUUCAUGCUUUUUCCGAGGUUAAUCAUUUUUGUGGGAAUGAGCAUCAAUGUCGUGAAUUAUGUGAAGAUAAAGGUAUAUGUCAAGUGGUAACUGAACCUAAAGAGCAAGAAGAAACUUAUAAAGGUUUAGUCGAAGAAACUUCCAUUACAUUUACAAAGUAUAUUCAGUUAAGUGAAAGAUUAAAAUGUAAUAAAAAGAUUCCUCCAAAUGAAUUUAAACAUACUGGAAAACAUACGCAUAAGGAAAAUGGAUUUCAUUAUUGUGAUACAAAAUGCCAGUUUUGUGAAUAUUAUUGUACAUUACCCUAUGGACACACACAACAAACUCAUGACACGAGACAUGGAAAUAUGACACAAACUGAAUUUACAGGAGAAGAUAAUGAGUUUGAAUAUGCAGGAUAUAAAUUAAGAGUUGGUGAUCAAGGAACAUUUGUUCUUUGCAAUUUAUUUUGUAAAGAUUUAGGUAGACAUCGUCAUAUUGAUUACUGUCAAAAUGCCGAAAAUUGUAAAUUGGGGAAUCAAGGUCAAGAUAUACAACACAUAAAUGAGAACGUUUUGCCUAAUCCCAAUGAGCCGAAAGAUUUCAUUUCUCACAAGCUUUUCUGGAAGCGAACAGGCUUCAAAGAUCCUUAUUCCGUUCAAGAUCAACAAGAAUUUGAAAAAUGCGAUUAUGAAUGUCCCGACGAUAAGCAUCAUAAUUCUGAUACUAAAUUUUGUGAAUUACAACUUUUCCAUGCUCCACUCAAUCCAAGUUCAAGCCCUCCAAUCAAUUAUGGAUAUAUAUCUUUAGAUGGACAUCAUUUUAAUUGUGAAAAUCCAAAUGCUGCUUUUCACAUUAUUUUGGUCUUGGAUCGUUCAGCGUCUAUGAGUAUGCAAGGUAUUAAACCGAUUCCAGGUUUUCUAAUUUAUGACGACUUAAAAAAGAAACAUAAUAAUAGGAUUGGCGCAGUUUAUCAGGCGGUAUACUCAUUUAUGGACGCACGUAGAAAUUCUGCUCAAAUAACUAUUCCUGAUAGUAUUUCAUUAAUCUUGUUUAACAAUUGGUCUAGCGUUCCAUUUGAAUAUCAAGAUUUAACAGAUCCGAAAGUUUUGUUAAAUUCAAUGCUCCAAUACGAAGCUUGGUUAGGAACAAAUUAUGAUAGUGCAAUUACGAAAGCUGGAUCUUUGAUUGAAGCUCAUUUUGAUUCUAAAAAAACAAAUGUCAUUAUAUUUUUAUCUGAUGGAGAAUGCUAUAUUCCAACAAAUCAACUUCAUGCUAUUUGUAAACAAAAUAAAGAAAAAGGAUCUCCAUUAUAUCUUUAUACAGUAUUAUUUGGCAGCGAUUCGCAUAGUGGCACUUUAGAAGAAAUGGCAAAAAUUGCACAAUCUUAUCAUCCACAGAAUUCAUCAUCCGAUUCUCUACGAUGCCAAUUUACUCGUGUUAACGAUGCAAAUAAAUUAGUGAUUCAUUUUACUAACGUAGCAGAAAGCUUAAGAAAACACAAACCAUCUUUGCUAAAGAAAGUAUAA